AUGCACUCUCUACGGUUCCUGAGUGCUGGGGCUUUGGUCUCCAACACAGAGCUGAUAAAAGGAAAUCUUGGCAGUGUUGCACACAACCUUUUCCCUCUUCUUUUUAAGGCAAGUUACUUACAGGAACAAGGGGAAGUUCUUCACGAUUUGGUGGCAAACUGGCCACUGAAGGAACUUAACAUUGGAAAACUGUUGGGGAAGACAAUAGACCACCAGGAAGACAUCAGUAGCAGAGUCUGCUCCGUGUGCUUGACCAGCUGCCUAACUGGCCUCCGAGACUAUGUGCUGAAUUGUUCAUCUCCAUAUGCAAAGAGACUCAAAGUGGUGGACUUAACAGGCCUAAAGGAUGUUGAAGUUCAGCUCUGCAACUGUAGGAAAACAAUGGGACGCUGGGCCAGGACAGAGCUGCUGUCGAAGAUCUGCUAUGAUCUGCUUGUUGAAAUGCAAAGGCUGAAGUUCAAUCCAGAUGUGUUUGAGAUUUCGGUUGAUGUUCUUACUGAUGUCUUUGUUACUGAACGAAAUUAUGAGCUGCUUGUCCAGGCCUUGCUUAUGAGGUGCCAUUGCCCACUAAAAAUUCGCUGUGCUUCCUUCCGAGUGGACAACCUAGCCCUGCGGAAGCUUUUCUACAUCAUAAAGCUUACAGAUCCCUCUUCGCUGCUCAAAUUCGAAAUAGUCCACAAUGUUCGGCUGGAAAUGGAACAUUUGCACAUGCUCCUUAAUAACGUCCACUUUCCUCAGCUGACGUCGCUCACACUCCCAGCUAGGACGUUCGAUGUACGAAGGUUCACCCCAGAGGAUGAGGCCAUUCUUGUAGGAAUUGGAGAAAAGUUAAGCCAGAUGACUCAACUGACUGAGCUGAGCCUAGCAUUUUCCACACUCACGGGAAGGAUACGUAAACUACUCAGGUAAUGUGCUCCAGAUCUUGCUGGUGACGCAGUUGAGACAAUAUUUAUGACUAAUAUGUAACGUAUUAAAAAAGGAAAGCAUAUGAAGCUUUCUUUUAUUGUCAUGCUGAUGCUUAUCUGAUUUAGCAUUGUCUACUCUGUCUAGCAGUAAGUCCCAAAGGAAAGACUUUUUACAGUCCUGCUUACCUGUAUCCCAUCUAACUGGAGAUUCAGGAAUUGAACCUGAGAUCAUCUGGAGUCCUCCAUGAUGUAUUUUUUGCUGCAAAAUAAAUAUUUGCAAACGUGGAUGCCAGUGCCAUUCUUUUUUUUUUUUAAAGAUAUUUAUUAAAGUUUCGACAUAUUACAAAAAUAAGAGAAAAAAGUAAAAAAAACAAAAACAAAAAAAUGAAAACGAAAAUACAAAGUAAAAACAGUUAAAAACAAAUCAGUCUUUCCAUAUCUUAUCUUUCAUUUGCUUGUUUCCCUGACCUCCUCACACCUCCCUUUUUUGUAUUCCAGUUCAAUUAGUUAAUUCAGCAAUUCCUUUCCCUCUUUGGUUUUAUCUUAAUCUUCCAUCUUAAUAUAUUAUAACUUUAAAUUAUCACCUAUUAACAAUCCAUUUUUACAUAUUCCUUUAUAACAUUGCUACUGAAAACCACUUAACUUCAAUCCAACAUCAUUCUAACAUUCAUUAAUUUUGCAGUGUUUCUGUAAAUAGUUUUUAAAUUUCUUCCAAUCUUCUUCCACCGACUCUUCUCCCUGGUCUCGGAUUCUGCCAGUCAUUUCCGCCAGUUCCAUAUAGUCCAUCACCUUCAUCUGCCAUUCUUCCAGAGUGGGUAAAUCUUGUGCCUUCCAAUGUUUUGCUAUAAGUAUUCUUGCUGCUGUUGUGGCAUACAUAAAGAAAGUUCUAUCCUUCUUUAACACCAAUUGGCCAACCAUGCCCAGGAGAAAGGCCUCUGGUUUCUUCAGAAAGGUAUAUUUAAAUACCUUUUUCAUUUCAUUAUAGAUCAUCUCCCAGAAAGCCUUAAUCCUUGGGCAUGUCCACCAAAGGUGAAAGAAUGUACCUUCAGUUUCUUUACAUUUCCAACAUUUAUUAUCGGGCAAAUGAUAGAUUUUUGCAAGCUUGACUGGUGUCAUGUACCACCUGUAUAUCAUUUUCAUAAUAUUCUCUCUUAAGGCAUUACAUGCCGUAAACUUCAUACCUGUGGUCCAUAACUGUUCCCAGUCAGCCAUCAUUAUGUUAUGUCCAACAUCUUGUGCCCAUUUAAUCAUAGCAGAUUUCACCGUUUCAUCCUGAGUAUUCCAUUUCAACAGCAAGUUAUACAUCUUUGACAAAAUCUUGGUUUUGGGUUCUAACAGUUCUGUUUCCAAUUUUGAUUUUUCCACCUGGAAGCCAAUUUUCUUGUCCAAAUUAUAUGCCUCCAUUAUCUGAUAAUAAUGAAGCCAAUCUCGCACUUUAUUUUUUAGUUUUUCAAAACUCUGCAAUUUCAAUCUGUCUCCCUCUUGUUCCAAAAUUUCCCAAUAUUUCGGCCAUUUGGCCUCCAUAUUGAGCUUUUUCUGAGCAUUUCGCUUCCAUCGCUGACAACCACCUUGGGGUUUUAUUUUCAAGUAGAUCCUUAUAUCUUAUCCAGACAUUAAACAAUGCUUUCCUGACAAUAUGAUUUUUAAAUGCUUUAUGUGCUUUGACCUUAUCAUACCACAAAUACGCAUCCAAAUAAGUUGUUAAAGCCUUCUAAAUCCAAAAUGUCUGUGUUUUCAAGAAGCAGCCAUUCUUUCAGCCAGCAAAAAGCUGCUGAUUCAUAAUAAAGUUUAAGGUCUGGCAGGGCAAAUCCACCUCUUUCCUUUGCAUCCGUUAGUAUUUUAAAUUUUAUUCUAGGCUUCUUGCCCUGCCAGACAAAUCUAGAAAUAUCUCUCUGCCACUUCUUGAAACAAUCCAUUUUAUCCAAAAUUUGCAAUGUUUGAAACAAAAACAACAUUCUAGGCAAUACAUUCAUUUUUAUCGCAGCAAUACGGCCUAGCAGUGAAAGCUUCAAAUUUGACCAGAUUUCUAAAUCUUUUUUCACUUCAGUCCAGCAUUUUUCAUAAUUGUCUUUAAAUAGAUUCCCAUUUUUAGCUGUCAUGUUAAUCCCCAGGUAUUUCACUUUCUUAACCACUGUUAAACCUGUCUCAUUCUGAAACCUCUCUCUCUCAAUCACUGUUAAAUUUUUCUCUAAGAUCUUUAUUUUUAGCUUAUUCAGUUUAAAUCCUGCAACCUGACCAAAUUCUUGAAUCAGUUCCAAAACUCUUUUGGUACUAGAUUCUGGCUCCUGUAAUGUCAAUACUAAGUCAUCUGCAAAUGCUCUCAAUUUGUACUGUUUAGCUCCGACUUGUAUACCUUUAACCAAUUGAUCCCUUCUAAUCAUAUUCAGCAGGACCUCCAGGACCGAUAUAAAAAGCAAUGGGGAGAUUGGGCAACCUUGUCGUGUCCCUUUUUCUAUCUUAAAUUCCUCCGUCACCACGUUAUUAACAAUUAAUUUAGCCUUUUGUUCUGAAUAAAUUGCACUUAUACCGUUUCCAAAGCCUUGACCUACCCCCAUCCCCUGUAGAUUCUUCUUCAUAAAACUCCAAGAAAUGUUGUCAAAAGCUUUCUCCGCGUCCACAAAUAUCAAAACUGCCUUGGUAUUAAUAUUCACUUGUAAUUUUUCUAAAAUAUUGAUUAUGUUUCUCAUAUUAUCAGACAAGUGUCUACCCGGGAGAAAGCCUGCUUGAUCUUUAUGAAUCUCUUCCACUAACAGUUUUUUUGUCUUUUAGCCAAAAUGUCUGCAAAGAUUUUAUAAUCCACAUUAAGCAGUGAUAUGGGGCGGUAGUUCUUAAGCUGCGUCUUUUCAGUCUCUGUUUUCGGUAUAAGUGUGAUAUACGCUUCCUUCCACGACUCUGGUGCCCUUUUCCCAUCCAUUAUUUCAUUACAGACUUCCUUUAAAGGUUGUACUAACCAUUCUCUUAAAGAUCUGUAGUAUCUAGAAGUCAGUCCAUCCGGUCCUGGAGAUUUACCUAAUUGCAUAUUCUGAAUGGCACCUUCUACCUCCUGUUCAGUUAUUUUAUAGUUCAGCAUUAAUUUAUUUUCUUGAGAGAUUUUUGUAAUCCAUUUAUUUUCAAAAAUCGGUCUACAUCAAUUUCUUUCUGUGGCCCUUGUGUAUAUAGUUGUUUAAAAUACCUCUGGAAACAGUUUCUAAUCUCGACUGGGUUCUGUAUGUUCUUUCCUUCCACUUCUAAAUUUAAAAUGGUGUUUAGUUUUUGUCUUUUUUUCAUUUGCCGGGCCAACAAUUUCCCACAUUUAUUAGCCGACUCAAAUGUCUUUUGUCUCAUUUGUUUAAUUUUCCAUUCUAUCUCCUGAUUCAUCAUUUUCAUGUAUUGUAUUUUGAUAUAACUUUAUUUCUCUCAAGAUCUCUUGCGACUUUGGUUUUGCUCUCAAUUUCUUUUCACUUUCCUUUAUUUUCUCCAAAAUUUUAUCCUUCUUCUCAUUUUGAAUUCUCUUCUUUAUUGCAUUCUGUUGUAUCAAGAACCCUCUCAUAACCGCUUUGCUUGCGUCCCAGAUUACUCUUUUUUCAACAUUAGUGUUCAUAUUUAUCUCAAAAUAGUCUCUCAAGGUUUUUUUGGGCCUUCUUAGUCACUUCUUCAUCUCUAAAUAAGGUGUCAUUCAUCCUCCAUCUGAAAGAGCCAGUUGGUGUUAGUCUCAUCUCCAUCUUCACGGCAUUAUCGUCGGAGCAAGUUUUGGACAAAUUUCCACUUUUCUUGUCUUUGGUGCCAUUCCUCUAGUUACCCAUAUUUGGUCAAUUCUUGUCCAUGUCAUUUUGGCUUCAGAGAAGAAGGUUCCCUCUCUAGCCAAGGGAUUCUUUGUUCUCCAGAUAUCAACUAAGUCCAAGUUGUCUGUCAUCUCAAAAAGGUUUUCGGUAGUCUACCAUCCUUAGUGACUACCUGUCUUUGUGCCUUGUCCAUAUUUGUAGAUACCACUCCGUUCAUAUCUCCCAUCAAAAUCACAUUAUAGUCCAAAUAGUCCAUCAAGGUCUCAUGCAACUUUUUAAAGAAUUCAGAUUUCCCCUCAUUUGGUGCAUAAACUCCUACUAUUAAAAAUUUCUCUCCUUGUAUUUGAAUUUCAAUUGCCACAAAUCUUCCUUGGUCAUCUUUAAAGAUAAAUUUCGGUGAUAAUCUCUCCUUUGCAUAAAUCACUACUCCUCUUUUUUUAACUUUGUCUGAUGAGAUAAACUCCUGACCCAGUCUUUUGUUAAUCAGUACUUUUCUAUGUAGCCUUAUCACAUGUGUUUCCUGUAGACAAAUCAAGUCCAAUUGUUCCUUUUUAAUAAAUGAAAAACUCUUUUCCUUUUCUGGGGGGAGUUGAGACCAUUAGUAUUCCAGCUUAAUAGUUGCAGAGCCAUGAUGUAGUUACUUUACUUUUCCUCCAACUGAGCCAAGUGCCUGUUCCUGCUCUGUCGGUGGUAUCACCUUCUCUGGGCAGUCCAAUCCAAAAGGUAGUUUUGCUAUGUCUAAUAUUCCUCUUUCUAGUGCUCUUAGCUCUUCUCCAAAUUCUUUCUGCAGGUCUUCUCCGUGGUCUUUCAAAAAUCUUUCUUUGUCGUCCACUGAUCUUAUUUUUAUCUUUCUUCCUUUGAAGCUGAAAGAUAGGCCUUGGGGAAAUUCCCAAAGAUAAUUCUGUUGCUUCUCAACAGGGCAACCAAAUCUCCAUAAUUGGACCUAAGGUCCAAAAGAUAUUUCGGAAUGUCUUUAAAUAUCUCCACUUUUGACUGAUGUAUUUCCAAAGUCUUCUGAAAGUGCAGACUCAAGAUUUUGUCUCUCUCCUCUUUUGUUUGGAGGGUGAUCAAACAGUCUCUCACCCUGUUCUUCUUCCCUCCUCUUCCAAGCCUGAAAGCACUCACUAUCUUAAAAUCUUCCUUCUCCAAAUCUAGGUCCCAAAAGUCUGCAAAUUCCUGCAUAAGAAAGUCAGUCAGAUUGUCUUUCUCAAGUUCAGGUACAGCCCUGAUCCUCAAAUUCGUUUGUUUCUCCUUCCGUUCAAUCAUAGACAAUAUCGACCUGUGGUCCUCAAAUUGCCUAUGUAUCGGUGGUAUCUUCUCUUCUACAGCAACUGCUAUUUCCUUUGCUUCUUCAGCUGUCUUGCGGGUCAAAGUAGAUCCUGUAGCAGUUUCUCAAUAGUUUCUGUAUUUGUGUUCACCUUCUGUCCCAGAUUAUUAAUGCUUGUAGUAUUUUGAUCAAUUUUAAUUGAUGCUUCAGCUACUUCCGGGGUGGCGCCAUCGGUAAUGGCGGACUCCCUCUGAUCCGGAGGGACUGGCUCUACAGAAAUCGGGUCUGUUCUGCUACGGCGAAGCGGGGACCCUUUAGAAAAUCACAC